GAGGUCAGUAAAACUCUUUUAAAAAUGUAAACUUCCUGUGAGAAAAGAAGGAAUGAACUUCAACCCAGUGGUCUUAAUGGUUGUUGUUGAGUAGGCUACAUUUGGUUACAUUUACGGACCGCGUGCCACCUGUUUUUAAACGACUUUGUCGAGGAUACAGUGUUGCAAGAGUAAGAUACCUUCUGUUUGCAUCGUUACUUCAUUGGAAAAUGUCUACAGUGAAACUCUCAGAGGGCACAGUAACUGUGGACAUUUGCGGUGGGACUCCGCUGUUCUACAGACAGGGUGAACCAGGGACGGGAGAGCCUCGCCUCUCUGUGCUCCUGUUGCAUGGUAUCCGCUUCUCCUCCGAGAACUGGCUCAAUAUCGGCACCCUCGAGACAUUGGCAAAGGCUGGCUGUCGUACGGUGGCUGUUGAUCUACCAGGCCUAGGGCAAUCAAAGGCUGCGGUGGCUCCAGCAGCUGUUGGGGAGUUGGCCCCAGGAGCCUUCUUGCAGCAGGUGUGCGAGGGUCUUGGUCUAGGCCCUGUGGUUGUGGUGAGCCCCUCCCUCAGUGGCAUGUACACCCUGCCCUUCCUCUUCCAGCAUGCCCCCCUGCUCCGGGCAUAUGUGCCCAUUGCACCCAUCUGCACCGACAAGUUCAGUGCCCAGCAGUAUGCCAGUGUUCAGACGCCCACUCUAAUUGUGUAUGGAGACCAAGACACUCAGCUUGGGGAGUUGUCGUUGAGCAACCUCAGACACUUGCCCAAUCACAAAAUUGUAGUGAUGAAAGGAGCUGGGCAUCCCUGUUACCUUGACGACCCAGAGACAUGGCACAAGGCACUGCUGGACUUCCUGCAGACAUUAUGAAAGGGUAAACUCCGACAGAAGGAGUCAGGAUGAAGAGAAACCCCUAAUCAGGUAAUAUGGAUGAAUCUACAUGCAGAACGUGGUCUUCAUUUUUGAUUAAUUUACUGUACAAAGUGCAUCUAAUUAACACUAUCAUAUGACUACGGUAAAUGACCAGAUAACAUCAGAAAAUCACUUAUUUUUAUAUGCCAUACUGCAUGCUUGUACAAUUGUGUGUAUAUAUAUAUAUUUUUUUUAAAGUUGUCAAAGUGAAAUAAAAUGCUUCCAACAUACUUUUAGACUUUUACUGUAGAUUUAUGUUUGGAUACGUUGAGUGUUGUAUAGUCUAUGUAAUUACCAGAGUAAUCAUUGCUUCUGUUGUGAUGUAAACACUUGAUGUAUACAUGAAAACUUAAUAUGAUACAUAUGAUACUAAAGAGCAAGAUCAGACCAUGAAUCCACUGCCAUUUAAAAAUAACUUCAUGUUAUGGAGGUCUCUUAGUGUGUUUUGUAUAUUUUUAACAUGUCUUGUGUAUAUGAAUGACUCAAAGGAUGUUUGAAAAAUGACACUGCACACUGAGCUGAAGUGAAAAAUAUGAACAUUAUUUAAUAACUGAUU